GUUGAAUUGGUUGCUAUGGUGACACAGUACCAACACAAAAGAGCUACAGCGACCUAAACCCUACAGAAAAACCUGGAUCUGUUCAUCGGACGGUCUCAAUAGGACAGUUUUAGGAGAUCAAACCAGGAAGGUUGUGAAGCUGCGGCGGCAGCAGGAGGAGGAAUCAUGCCGAAGAAAAGAGGGAAAAGGGAGCUGCUGACGGAGGAGGAGAAACUCCUGCAGAUGCAGCAGAGAGCUCAGGCGGAGGAGGAGAUGGCCAAGAAGAAGGAGGAGACGCUCAUGCUGUACCUGAAGGAGAAGCUCCAGAAGGAGCAGAAGAACACGGCUGUGAACCUGCUGAAGCUGACAGAGAGCUGGAGGAAGGUGCUGCGUCAGACUCGGGACAGCGAGCUGCUCACCGAGGCCGCGGUCCACCAGCAGACGUCUGACAGGAGGCUGGAGGAGCUGAACUUCAUCAUCCAGAAAAUGAUGCGGGAGCUGCAGCAGGGCCAGUGUCAGGCGGACCGGGUGCAGAGCUGCCACCUGCAGCACGUGGAGUACCUGUGGGAGCUGCAGGAGAAGCACCUGAAAAGUCUGCAUCGGCGGUGGGAGAGCAGCCUGCGGGACCUCAACGCCAUGUGCUUCAACCAGGAGGUGAAGGCACUGGACGACUUCCGGCAACAGAACCUGGGCCUGGUGGACCUGUACUUGCCUGCCCAGAUGCAUGACAAGGCCAUGUUCGAGUACCUCCAGAAGGUCCAACAAGAAGUCGUGGAUGUGUACAAGAACGCACACCAGGACCUGGACGCUCUGAGGACCGAAGUGAAGAACCAGGAGGACGGAUCUGCUCUGAACCGUGAUCUUCUGCAGAAGACCAGAAACAGCCUGAUUGAGCUGGACAAGCGGAUUGCCAGAGAUCAGCAGGAGAUCAGCAUGGAGCUGAGGAAUGUCAAGAGGCUGAAGAGCAAGGCCAUCAAGCUGAGGCAGCAGAUCUUUUCCUGUCAGGCUGAGAGGGAUCUGAUGCAGCAGAACUGGAACUUCACCACAGACAAGAUCAACCAGAAAUGUCGGCACCUCCAGGAGCAGCUUUCACGAGACCGCCAGGAUGCCAGGAAGAAGCUCACCAUCCUCAGCAUCCAGGGCGCCGCCGCCACCAAAAACCUACAGGCUGUCAUCACCAAGGGCGAGAAGGUCCUGCGAGUCUCAGAGCUUUGCCGCAAGAUGAAGAAACAGCAAGAGAUCAUGCCAGGAACAACGGAGGACAAACAGAGUACCUGCACAGAGGAGCAGGAGGUCCUGGACCUGCAGGACACCCUGAACCCGCAGCAGCUAAAGGAGCUGCAGCAACUAAAGGAGCUGCAGCAGUUGCAGGAGCAGCUGCAGCUGAAGGAGCUGCAUGAUCUGCAGCAGCGCCUCAACACUGCCCUGCUGCACCGGGAGGCUCUGAGGAAGCAGAACCAGGUUCUGAAGCAGGACAACCAGCAGCUGCGGGUCCUGCUGGAUCACAGUGAUGACAUCCUUGACGGACGCCAUACCCCACUGCCGGCUCUGCAGCCGCCAGUCGAGUCCAGCCGCGCCGCCGGGGACAUGCACCACAACAUCCUGGAGGCUGCGCAUGUCGCUAAGUACCUGGUGGACAGCUGGAGCUGAAGGCCAGGUCCAAACGGCCCCUGCAGAACUCUGCAGUACAACAAUGACCUCAACAACAAGCUCCGGCCUCGUGACGGGUCAGAGCCAGAACAGUUUAGUUUUGGUCUGAGGCAGGACUGGUUAAAAAUAAAAUGUUGAAUGAAAUGUACUGCUA